AUGAUUCAUGAGAGAAGUUCUGCAAGAGACUUGUCAGCUUUCGUUGCCCCAUGUGUAUUCGGCCUUCGGCAGGGCUUCAAAGCACCUGCUCCCCGGACAGCUGAGAGCCAAAGAGGGACAAGAGCGCACCUUUCUAUGCGGGGCACGGACCGGAGAGCUAGUGUGAAACCGGAAUGGAAAUGUAUGAAGGGUUGCGGUGCAUGUUGCAAACUAGGAGAUUUCGAUGAAGAGGUCAUCAGCGACAUGUUGCAAAAAGAGGAAGAUGUCGUGGAGUACCUUGGCAUGAUUGGAGAAGAUGGCUGGUGCAAAUGGCUUGAUACAUCUACCCGACAGUGCACAAAGUACGACGAAAGGCCACGGUUUUGUAGAGCAACUCCCGAAGUGUUCGAAGAGUUGUAUCACGUUGACAAAGCAGACUUUCAGACAUUUGCUAUUUCUUGUUGCCACAUCCACAUCUCAAAUGUGUUCGGGGAAGCCAGCCAGGAGGCAAUGCGAUACGAAAACCUUACGAAGGUUCCUUUCGGGCAAACCCAGCAAUGUGAGGACGAAUAG